AUGACAGGUUCAGGAGCUGAACAAGACCGCUUUGGCGGCUGGUUCGGCGGCAACAAAGCCGACCAAGUCAAGGACGCCGCACAGCAGCACUUACCCAAGACAUCCGGGGCCGAACAGGACCGAUUUGGUGGAUGGUUCAGUGGCGACAAGGCGGACCAAGCUGCGGACGCCGCGCGACAGCAUCUACCUAAGGCUUCCGGAGCCGAGCAAGACAGAUAUGGAAAUUGGUUUGGAAAAGGCCAAGCAGAUCAGUUGAAGGAUGUUGUGAAUGAUCACUUACCCAAAACAUCUGGGGCCGAGCAAGAUCGAUAUGGCGGAUGGUUUGGAAGCGGCCAGGCUGACCAGGCCAAGGAUGCCUUCAAGAGGCAUAUUCCUCACGUGUCGGGUGCUGAGCAAGAUCGAUAUAGCAGCCAUUUUGGUGGAGACAAACUCGAUGAGGUUCAAAGACGCCUCCCAAAGACUUCCGGCGCUGAACAAGAUCGUUAUGGCAGCCACUUUGGCCGCGACAAACUUCCUUCACGAGCUGACGUCCAGAAGCAUUUGCCCGAAGGGUCCGGUGCUGAGCAGGACAGGUACGGUGGUUGGUUCGGCGGAAAUAAGGCUCCCUCUGCCGAGCAGAUACGCGACCGACUACCCCGGACCUCUGGUGCUGAGCAGGACCGCUAUGGAUCGCACUUUAACAUUGGCAAUGAGCGGUAUCUCGGAACGACAACUCUGGGCCUUCUUCAACACGCCGUCUUGCCGUCUUUUGGAUUGCAUGCUGGACUUGGUGCUAUCGCCUACGGCAUUGGUCGUUAUACCGAUAGGGCGGAAGCAAAAGACUACCUCUGGCCUAGCGGUCAAGUUGUCAAUGCUUGGUGGAGUGCCAUCGGAGUUCCUGUCGUCUACGGUGGACUGUCAGUCUCGGCCGCUUGGGCUGAUCUCACUUACGACCAAAAACUCCUUCUCACAGGCGUCAGCGCCUGGGGAUUGCGUCUCUUCUACCGCAUAGUGUCUCGUAGCGUGAGACGUGGUCAAGAUGAUGCACGAUACAUGGCUGCAAAGAAACAGGACCCGGGCUUUUGGAACAAGGCGCCUUUCACGUUAUACCUACCCGAGGCUGUUGCACAGACAUUGAUUACACUGCCUUUUGUCCUGCCUUUCCGUGCUCCCGUCUCGAGUGCUGAGUCGUCCUUGUCAAUUGGUCCUUCGGCGAUCUCCCACGGGCUGGGAAUUUUUUUAUUCGCGGCUGGUUUCGCGACUGAAGUUCUUGCGGACUCGCAGCUGGAGUCUCAUACUCGGAAGACUGGCAAUGCUACUCUCAACCGAGAGGGUGUUUGGAGCAUCGUUCGCCACCCCAAUUACCUCGGCGACGCAUUGUGUCACUUUGCUUUCUCUGUUCUUGCCUCCGGGGCUGGACUGUUGCAUCCGCUUGCCGCGCUGGGUCCUGUGAUAAACUAUGUCUUCCUCCGAGCCGUUGGUGGCGACAAGGAAAACGAGGCCUCUCAAGAGGUACGCUACGCCAAAGAAAACCCACAGAAGUUCCAGGAGCUGCAAGAGUACAAGCAGACCAAGAACAGCUUCUGGCCGAGCGUCAAAGAAGUGAGGAACAAAUGGCUUUGGACGGUUGUUGCUGUUGGUGCCGGCGCUGUUGCGCUUGAGCAAUCGCUUGUCCCGCUGUUGUAA